AUGACGACCGCGCAUAGACCAACGUGGAAGGCAGCUGUUGGACAAGGCAGUGAAGGAGGAUGGAGUGCCGGAGGAGCCCAAUCGUCCGGCAAGAGCGUCUUGGACAUGGCAGCUCACACCAAGCUAAAAAUCCGCACGGGGUCCCAAGUCGUUGACCGCAAAAAGGCCUUGCGUGAGUCUCUUUUGAAGUUGGAAGAAGCUGAAAAGAAGGCCAACAACCGGAAGAUUGGCAUGCGAACCUUUGAUCCAGAAGAAGAGGAAAGAGGGAGGCUCCAGUUGCUGAAACAGACAGCGGAAGUAGACGAUGAAGCUAUACGGAAGAAAUACGACGAUGACGAUGCAUCAGGGGGUGGAGACGAUGAUUCGGGCGGGGGAUGGAGUGACGUUGACGACGAUGAUGAUCUAGAUGCUAGCGAUUCGGAUGAGGAUGACAGCGAUGAUGAAGAUGAUGAGGCUGCUCUUCAGGCAGAGUUGGCCAAAAUACGAGCGGAACGGGAAGAAAAGAAACGGAAAGAAGCAGAGGCUGCAGCGGCAGUCGAAGGUGCAAAGUUGGAAGAGGCAGCUGUUAUGGGAAACCCUCUUCUUGCCGAAAAUGAUGCAGAUACAUCGGCUAGAAUGAAGCGGAAGUGGAAUGAUGAUGUAGUGUUUCGAAACCAAGCAAAGGGUGAACCUGACAUCAAGAAGAGAUUCAUCAACGAUACUAUCCGAAAUGACUUUCACAAGAGGUUCCUCAACAAGUUUAUUCGAUAG